AUGUCCAUCCCACAGUGGUUUGCUGAAGACGCAAGUUGUGGGCCUACAAAUUCAAUGACUGGCCUAAUGAAGCACAUUACGCAUGAUAGAUCGUCGCAGCAGGAUAAAUUUACAGCAGAACGAUACGGUGGAGGAUCUUCAAAAGCAGCAUUUAGAACUCAAAAGAAUAUUAAACAGCAAGAUGAGUAUGCGCAAAAAUUUUUCCAACAUCCGGGACAAGAAUCAUCUCUUCCACCGGACAUCUAUAACUUUGAUCAAAUGAACAGAGGACUUGAAACGAUUGUACAUGACUCGCAGAAAAAUGGGGAUUGGGCAGCAAGUUUUUUAAAGCAAUCAGAAUCGACCCAUCAUCACAUAAUGCCUGACCACGCGCGUUCGGAAUUUGAAAAUUUUGAAGUGAUUUAUAAGGAUGCCCAAAAUCAAGACAAAUGGGCAACCGAAUUUUCUCAGUUCCACAAAUUGCCAGCAAACGAUGUUGAAAUACGUCCAGAAGAAAUAGCUGCUUUCGAACAAGCAUUUGAUGACGCAAAGAAGAGUGCGAAUUGGGAAUCAGAGUUUAAAGCUCAAGAGCAGACAUGGGCAAAUGAAUUUAAAGAACAGGAAGGGAUUGGAAGUGGAGAUGAUACAAAAACCGAAUUGUCCGAUAUAGCUAGUAAAUUACUUGUUUCUGUUGAAGGAGAGACAAACCCAAAAUUUAAAAAUUCUUCAUUCAUGAAAUUUAUGAAAAAAUUGAGCAUUCAAGAACUUUCUAUUGAAGGAAAUAAGGUUGUAGAACAAAAGGCUCCAAUACCUAAUGCGAAUUGGGCUUCUGAAUUUGAGACGCAGCAGCAGAACAACAAUAAUAAUUGGGCAUCAGAAUUUAACAAUAAACAAAUAGGUUCACAUUCAAAUUGGGCACAAGAAUUUUACG